CCUGAAUUCGAAUGCAAACAUUGAACAUGAACAAAAUUUGUUACAAUUUGCAACAUAUGUAUACAUUUUCAAAAUGAUAAGUUGAAGUUCAUCCUGAACAAUGGCUUUAGUUUUAGGAAUUGGCUCUGGUCUCUUUGCAUUAAUAAUAAUUUGGAUUGUUGGUCUUAUUCUUUGCGUCGUUUUCUCAAGGGUAUCUGCUUUGAGGAAUGGUGUAGUUGGAAUAGGCAUCCUAAUUAUUGCUUUGACAGUCAUCUUAAUUUUGUAUCCACGAGAAUCAGAUGAAAGUCCUAAAGAAACAUCUAAACAGCCAGUGGACAACCUUUCUGUGUUACGUACAACAAUAUUUGCUGGGGCUUGCCUGCUUGCUGUAAUAUCAUUGGUGCUUAUGCUGGUGUUUCACUGGAUGGAACCACAGUAUGCACCAGCAUUGCUGGCAAGAAAAAAAUACACAUUCUAACUGGGUUGUAUAAAUACACAAUCUAGCUGGGUUGUUUCCAUAAGGCUCUCCAUUUGCAUCCAGUCAGUUCAUGUAUAGAUCAAUUAAUGGAGAUGCAUGAAAAUGUUGGAAAUUUAUACUCCC